AAAUUCAAGAUAAAACUAUUCAUUUCCUAUUUUUCAGCCUCAGUUUCUCCCUAAUGAUUAUGUUCUAACUCAUCAGGACAUCUUUUCUAAAUUUGCCCCAGUUAUCCUUCCAUUUUACCCCAUCCUUUACCUUUGUAUAUAAAUCUGUGUACAUAAAGUUAUUUCCUAAUCAUGUUUUUUAUCUUUACCUAUAAGUUAACAGUAGCCUCCACUUACCUGGCAUACUUCUAGGAGCAGUUUCUUAUCUCCUUUUCCUAGAGUUCUCCUGCUCAAAGCAUUGGGAGCUGAUAUAUUCUAACUAACUGGCCUAUGUCUCCAGCUUUUAGAUGUGGAUUAUCAAUGAAGAGAGAGAGAACCACACAGGGGUGAGUGAGUUUGUUUUCCAGGGCUUUUCCAGCUUUCAUGAACACAAGCUUACUCUAUUUGUAGUAUUUCUUACCUUGUACCUUUUAACCCUGGCUGGCAAUGUCCUCAUUGUGACAAUUAUUAGCAUUGAUCAUCAUCUUCAUACCCCCAUGUACUUCUUUCUUAGUAUGCUUUCAACUUCAGAAACUAUGUACACAUUGGACAUUGUACCACAGAUGCUCUCCAGCCUCUCAGGACAAAACCAACCCAUCUCCUUGGCUGGCUGUGCCACCCAGAUGUUCUUUUUUAUCACUUUGGCCAUCAACAACUGCUUUCUACUCACAACAAUGGGGUAUGACCGCUAUGUUGCCAUCUGCAAACCCUUAAGGUACACGAUCAUCAUGAAUAAGAAGAUAUGUGCCCAAAUGGUAUGGGGAUCCUGCAGCAUUGGGCUUCUUGUGGCCAUAAUUCAGAUUUCUUCUGUGUUCAGGCUGCCCUUUUGUGAUAGAGAGGUGGCCCAUUAUUUCUGUGAGAUCCGUGCAGUUAUGAAACUCUCCUGUGCUGACACCAAUCUACAUGACACAAUUAAUUUUAUCAUCAGCUCAGUUGUUAUUGUGGUACCCAUGGGUUUGGUCUUCAUCUCCUAUAUCCUUAUCAUCUCCACCAUCCUCAAGAUUGUCUCAACUGAGGGCCAAAAGAAGGCUUUUGCAACUUGUGCUUCUCACCUCACUGUGGUCAUUGUCCACUAUGGCUGUGCCUCCAUUUCCUACCUCAAACCCAAGUCAGAGAACACUGUAGAUCAGAAUCAGCUGAUCUCAGUGACCUACACCAUUUUUACUCCUCUUCUUAAUCCUGUGGUGUACACUCUGAGAAACAAGGAAGUCAAGGAUGCCCUUCGCCGUGCUAUUGGUAAAAAACCAUUUUGCCUAGGCAUAUAGUCCAUAUUAUUUGGAUAUCUUUGUAAUCUGAAAAAAAUGAAUUUUUUUGCAUGUAUCUGCUCAGUUUUCCUAUCACCGCUUUUUGAAGAAACUGUCUUUACCCCAUAGUAUAUUCUUGCCUCUUUUGUCAUAGAUUAGUUGACCAUGUAAGUGUGGUUUUACUCCUGGGCUUUCUAUUCUGUUUCAUUGAUCUAUGUGUCUGCUUUUAA